AAGAGGAGGAGGAGGAGGAGAGGAUGAGGCAGGAGAACAGAGUAGAGUAAAAUAGAGCAGAGCGGAGUGCAUGUGGAAUCGGCGGCUUUAUCGGCUCUUCUCUGGGAUAAUUCUGAACUUCUCGGGUUUGUUCCUCUUUUUCUGCAUGUCGGGAAGUUGUUGACGAGCUGAUGUAGGCGGGAGGAUGAAGAUGCUUUCCUCUCGCUCCACAGAGAUGUGAGGAAACGUCACGGUGAAGCUCUUUGAUUCUUCUGUUUGUGGCGCGUAAAUCGAGAAAAUCCCUGCUGCCAUGUGCGCUUCCAUCGGAGCGUCUGGAAGAUGGAGGCGACCUAAAGUGAUAAAUUACCCAGCAGACACGAUGAGCUCUUCGAUCGAGGCGUAAUCACUCAACAGAUGUUAAUUCAGAGUUUUUCUUUAUUCCUUUAUUAAUCGUCUCCAGGCCAGUGCUGCAUCUUAACUUGUGUGGGAACCUGUAGGGUUAUUCAGGGAACAGGUAUCCGUUCUUCUCUGGAUAUUUAAAGUUUCCGUCUUUCAGAGCUCCAUCAGGAUUGGUGAUCUAUUUCCAAACCCUCAGCUGAAGAGUGCGUUUGAGAGGGACUUCAUCACCGUUCUUUGGAUUAGUCAUCAGAAAGGCAGCCUCAACAUGUAAACAUAUACUCGGAGUUCACACAGGUUUUGUGCGGUGAAUCGCACGAACGUGAAACGACUUCCGGGUUCUUCACUUUUGUGGAUUUUCAGGAUCCUGCUGGUGUUUUUCUUUUGAAGCCUGUACGUGUGACCGUUGUGCAUCGGCUGUUCCUCACAGCGGAUCUCUAACGUUUUGGUUCCUAAUCAACGAUCUGCCAUAAGGGAGCAGAUUUUUCAUCCAGACUCGGUCCCUCCGAGGCCCGUCAGGCGACAUGUCACCUGUUUUGGACUGAGGGGUCGUCAGCCUCAGACUCGGACAGCAGGAGCAGAUAUUUUGUUCCUCUGUGGCUUCGUCCUCCUCUCAGAGAUAUGGCCGCGGCUAUCGCCAGCUCCCUGAUUAGACAGAAGCGCCAGGCCCGUGAGUCCAACAGCGACAAAGUCGCCACUAACAAGCGACGCUCAAGUCCCAGUAAAGACCCGCGGUCUCUGUGUGAGCGACACAUCUUCAGCGUCUUUAGCAAAGUUCGCUUCUGCAGCGGAAAGAAAAGACCAGUACGCCGGAAACCAGAGCCGCAGCUGAAGGGCAUCGUGACGCGCCUCUUCAGCGAGCAGGGCUUCUUCCUGCAGAUGCAGCCCGAUGGCGCCAUCAGCGGCACCAAGGACGAGAACAGCGACUACACUCUGUUUAACCUGAUCCCAGUAGGUUUGAGGGUCGUGGCCAUCCAGGGAGUGAAGGCCGCGCUGUACGUGGCCAUGAACGCCGAGGGAUUCCUCUACACAUCUGAUGUGUUCACACCAGAGUGCAAGUUCAAGGAGUCGGUCUUUGAAAACUACUACGUCAUCUACUCGUCCACCAUGUAUCGGCAGCACGAGUCGGGCCGGGCUUGGUUCCUGGGCCUCAAUAAGGAAGGAGUCAUCAUGAAGGGAAACCGAGUGAAGAAAACCAAACCGUGCUCACACUUUGUCCCCAGACCCAUCGAAGUCUGCAUGUAUAAGGAGCCGUCGCUGCACGAGCUCGAGGAGAAGCUGCUGAAGUCCUCGAGGAGCCCGACGAUGAACAGCGAGGAGCGGGCGAGGAGCCUGGAGAGGGAGCAGCGAGCAGCGGAGUCCUCCACAGAACGAGAGGCGUCGUAGCCUGCAGCGCCACCCGCAGGAGGAAGACGAGGCGAAGGUGGAGGAGGAGAACUCCCAUUUUAACACUCCCUCUGUUCAGCAACAACAACAACUACAACCACACCGACGACGACAACCGCCAUAACAACGACGGCGAAAACAAAGAAAAAAAGAAGCUUAAAAAAAGGGGAGGGGGGGGCGGUGGGGUCUUCGUGCUCGUUAUGAAAUAUUUCAAAUCAAAUGGGGGAGGGCGAGGGGGAGGGGCCUGUUUGGAAAUGGAAAAAAAAUCAAGACGUUGAUGAUGAUGAUUUACAUUUUAUGCAAAGAGCCCUGCUGAAAUGGCGCCGAGAGGCUAGCCCACCUACUCUUCAUCGCCACAUUGUAAUCAUCAUCAUCAUUUCUGUCACGACGAUGACAAAAUGUUUUUGCGAGUCGAGCGAGCGCUGAGAACUCCGAAGCUUUAAGCCAUGUAGAAACUUCACUUCCUUUCAUUUCUUGAUGAAUGCAAAGACUUUCGCACUUUUGACACGCCGCGCUUCUUCUUCUUCUUCUGCGUGAUGUCCUGUCCGGUUGGAUGGAAGACCUUUUCUGUUUCGUCUUCUUCAGCUGCCACAUCUUUGCGUGCGUUAUGUUGUGUUUUCGGGGUGGGAGCCUUUGUGGGUUUUUGUUGCAGACACUGGCGACUGAAGGAAGGAAGACGGCCGGGUCUCUGUGCUCUGUGCCGAUCGGACCGCUUCCUGUGACGGAGGUCAGUCGGGCGAGCGGGUGACUGUACGCCUGAGAGGAUCAGAACAGCGUGCCGGCUUGUGUGGUCGCUGCAGGUGGUGUCCACGUGAACUCCACAUUCCUGCUUUUUAAAAUCACUCAGCAGUUUGUAGAUCGAGUUCCUGCUUUUGCUUCACGUUGACGAAAACCGACUAAACUUCUUUAAACGCAUCCAAACGUGAAGGAUCGAGUUCUAGAAAGUUUGUGCGAGGCUCAGAGAAAAGCUUUGACCUUUCAGCCCCGAGUGUUGUCUGCAGGCUUCGUCUC